GGUGAGAGAAUCCACUUUACAAGCUGGAGACCGUGUUCUUUUCAAGAAUGUUGGCAUAAGAGGCAAGCACAAGAUAGCUGUCGAUGGAGCAAGACCAUCUAUCAAGUAGUCAAGCAAAUAGCUGAUUCUCCAGUUUAUGUCAUAAAGCCUCUUACUACUGACGGACCUGAAAGAACCCUCCAUCGAGAUUUACUCCUGCCCUGUGGUUUCUUAACCCCCACCUAUUCCAGUGAUGAGGACAACAGGAUGGAGGGAAAGGAAAAAACGACUUGUUCUAGGAAAACGCUAAUAGUUCCAGAGGAUGACGAUGAACAAACGUAUGAUACUGUUGGAGAACCAGAUUUCUACUUCCCCCAAAUGAUGCAGGAAAAGACAUAUCCUACCAUAACCAUUGUCAAGGACGUGCCCUACAUAAAAGAGGUGGAAGGAAGUUCCUGUGAGACAACACUGAAUCCAAAUGCACAACCAUUUGAACCUUCUGGAGGUGUGGAAAGUUUUGAUGUUGAAUUUGAGCAUGUGCAAUUGGAUGGGAGAAACGCAGAGGAAGAAGUAGCUUUAUCUGAAAAGGGAGAAACAAACUUACCUGAGGACAUCCUGGAAGAGAAUGUGGGAAACUCACCUGUCAAGGAACUGGAUUCUGAGGCUGUUGAUGUCAACGAUGAUGAGUGUACUGAGGAUUUGAUCAUGGAUGGGAUGGAACCUGUUGAUGGAAAAAGAGAUGGAACGAGGAAAGAGGAUGAUGACAGUGAAAUACUAAUUGAGACUGUUGAAAGAAAUGGAAAUACACCUGUGCAGGAAAUACCUGAGCCAGAGUCCAGACUUUCUACCAGAAUCAGGGAGCCACCUGAUAGGCUAACUUACACAUCGUUAGGAAACCCCUUAGUGUUAGUUAUGCAAUCCCUGUUAAGUGGUUUAAACAAAGCCUUCACACAAGCCCUUCAGUCAGAUGAUUUCCCUGAGGUUAGGAUACUGACCCCUGAUAGAUCAGUGAUUUUAUAGGUUCACUGAAUUCAGAGACGCUUGCAGGUUCAGGAGGGGAGGAUGUAACCCCUUUGAAUUGUACAUUCAUAUUUUCUUUCUUUUUUUUUAGUCCUACAGUAAAUUUAUUUGUAACUAUUUUUGUUUCGUGUGCUACAAAAAAAAAGAAACUGGUAUCUUUGGUGCAAUACUUUGAUGAACCACUAGAGGUGGUUAACUCCGCGGCAUGUUGAGAGUCGAUGUAUAUUGAAUUCCGACGAAGAAGCCAGCUGAACAUGCAUGCACGAGGUUGCUAAUUCAUCCUGUUACUGAGGAAGAAAAAAACACCAGUCAAUGCUUUUGAUUACUGGUUUGUCUUUUACGAGAACUCUGAUUGUUUUUUUUUGUAUGCUGAUUCUGUUUGAGGAUUCACCUUUUGAACGGCGAGCCAGACCCUGAUCUACGAUUCAAAAGAAUCAUCGUGAUUCAACACGGAUCCGAACUGCGAGCUAAGCACAUACACACUACCUGGGUAGAAAACACAAAGAGGCCUUUAUACACAAUGGACAUCUGAGUAUAUUACACACACAUGCACACAAGGGAUCCAGAAGGACUAUUGAGACUUUUUUGUUUGGUUUUAUUUUAUUUUAUUCCUUGACUUCACAUUCUUGAGUGGAAACCAGAAAAUUGUGAUUUCAUGUACAUUGUGAAAAAUUGUUCACUCAAAGUUUUUUUUUUAGUCUCUGCAAUAAAAUUGCCGGCUGUUAAUUGCUUAAA